GGGUCUUCUUAGCCGUUCAUUGUCGGGUAGCUAGCUAGCGGGCCGGGACUUGAGAGUGCGAGUGCGAGUGCGAGUGCGGCGGUGGUGGUUGAUUCUUUUCGCAUGCAUGCACGCGUAGCUGGCUGCGCUUGUGGGCGCUUUUGUCUUUCUACUCGUACUCCCUCAUCCACACCCCUAGUCAUCGAUGAUGCUGGCUUGGCUUGGCUUGGUUCACCUUGGCUUGGUUCGGCUUGCUGGGUUGGUAUGCUACGAUACCUUCCUAUCUUCCUGCGUGCCUGCCUGCCUACCUACCUGCCUACCUACUUUUGUACCACACUGGUGCGGUGCGGUGCGGUGCGGUGCGGUGCUUGCGAGUUGCAACGAACAAACAAACAAACAAACAAACAGACACAAAUCCAAACUGAAACUGAAACUGAUAACUGAACUUGGCUUUUAUAUCUCUAUACUCCUGCACGGCGGCGGCGUACGGGGACUAGGACUGCACGGCGAGCGUUUUGGUAUGGCGUGCGUGGACGGGAUGGAUGGGUGGGCUUGCCUUGCACUCUCACACUCAGACACUUAGACACAUACAAACACACACACGGACGGAUGGGCAGACGGGUAUGCGGGACGCGAGCAACAACAACAACAACAACUCUGGAUGCGAACGGACGGCUGGCUGGACGGGACGG